CUGGGAAAUGCAUUUGAAAUGAUGGACUUACUCAUUCCGCUUUUUAACGACGACGGUACCGGCCUACUUCUACCUCAUAAGGCCACAAAACAGGACCGAACCUUUGAUGAAGACAAUGUGUUUUCAACAUACAGCUUUUUGAUUAGAAGACUGUACUUUCCCGACAAUCCAGAGUGGAACAGGGGAAAUAUGGAUGCAAUGUUACAUACGCCCAUGUUAUUCACCAUGAAGUACACGAUUCAGCAAUACUUACUUGGUAACCACAUUCCUGGUCAUCCAAAACUGCAAAUGUAUUGUGACGAAACAGAAUACAUGUUCGAAUACAAUGACCGUGGCACACGAUAUAUCGACGACUAUCCCCAAGCUACAAACCGUGAGUUUUCGAGAUGCAGAAGAGAGAUUGUACUAAUGCUGAUAUUUGAAACAGCUUACGACGGGACGUAUUUCGUAUCCCGGGCUGUAGGAUCUCAUUCUGCUCGCACAGGCUAUAUAUGGGUUGGAGUGGCAGAGAUCUGCGAAGAAGUUCGUGGGCAAACUCACCGCAACAUAGGAUCGCUCGUUAUCCCAACUUUGGACGUAUACGCAUACGUAGAGAACCCAUCACCCGAAAAUCUCGACGAAACCUUGACUCUUUGCCCGGCACGGUCUGAUCAAUGGAUAACCGCUGAAUCGAACUCGGUAAUGGAUGGCCUUGAACUGCGGAGGCUACAUGUCCCAACAAAUUCUCAACCUAAUGCAUAUCAGAAAACUGCAUUGGAUAAACUGAUUUACCAGAAGUCUGACAUAGGUUGGCUGGGACAAUUCCUAGUCACAACUUUGAUCCAUGAGCUAUCGCACACAGAAGCCUUUACACCCAAAGGCAUCCAACAACAGGAUAUUGAAUGCAUGGCAAGCGGAGAGCCUGUCAUCACAUCUGGAAGCAUCGAAUGUCUCUAUAGCGUGGCUAAAGGGACUGAUGGUUUACAUCCGGAUACCAACACUCCACAAGGUCAUUUGGAUGCAGAGGCAUUGACUUUAUUCGCUAUGGCAUUGUGGGCAAACUCGGCGACUUGGUGGAAAUCUUAUGAAGCAAGGCGCAGACAGAAAGAUCCCCAGGCACAAUGA